AUGCCUACCCUCGGCUUCCUCAAGAAAAAGCGGACGAGGGAGGCCAAUCAAGACCCUCAAGGCGCUAGCCUACCCACCAGCCCGGUGACGCCGACCUCUUCGAAGCCUUUUGACAGUUCCAUCUCGACCACUCUCUCCUCGCUAUCCUCCAAUUCGCAGGCGCCUUCCCACGGCGGCACUGGACAGAAGCCGCAGCAGGAUCCGGCCUCGUCCGACGCCGCAAAGAACCAGCAGAUGUAUCCCGUCAGCGUUCACCCCCCGCCAAACCAGUCGGCACCCCACCAGCCACACCACAACCAACAAGGCGAGCCGCAACAGAACCUACCGAGCAUCAACAACCUCAUCAAUCCCCCUCAGCAUGACGGUGCGAGUAACGGUCACAACUACCUAAGCCAGCCAUCCCAUGUCCCUCAGCCCAACCCAAGCCCCGGCACCGAUCCUAAUCGCCUCCAGCAGCAGCAAGCCCAGUCGAUGUUACACCCCCCGCAACAGCAGCAGCAGCUGCACCAGCAGCACCACGGCAUGCCGCAACAGAUAGCGGACCAGCAGGUCCGUCAGACCAAGGGGAAAUACACGCUCCAGGAUUUUGAUAUUUUGCGGACUCUAGGAACAGGCAGUUUUGGAAGAGUGCAUCUGGUGCAAUCCAAGCACAAUCAGCGCUUUUAUGCCGUCAAGGUGCUGAAGAAGGCGCAGGUCGUCAAAAUGAAGCAGGUCGAGCACACCAACGACGAGAGGCGCAUGUUGGGCGAGGUCAAGCACCCGUUCCUCAUCACAUUAUGGGGAACGUUUCAGGACUCCAAAAAUCUGUACAUGGUGAUGGACUUUGUCGAAGGUGGCGAGCUGUUCUCACUACUGAGGAAAUCUGGCGUAUGUGCAAAUUAA